AUUACACUAUUAGCAACUUAGCAAAAGGGUAUACGCUAGGAACAACUAGAGCUCUUCGGUGAUUCUGGUUGUGGGGAAUGCCGACGGGCAUUUCGCUCCUGACAUUUUUGACAGUGACCGUUUUUCUGCUUACGGCAUUUGAGAGCCAAGCGGUGUUUGACCGCGCAUCUCCCCCUUUCGCCCCGGAGCCCCCUUACACACCCGACAGUCCGACAACACCCUUUCUGAGUCCUGACCUACCGUUACCACCACCAUUGCAGCCGCUCUCACCUCUUCGCCCUCCGCCUUCACAACCACCACCCCCGCCCUUACAACCACCACCUCCGCCACCUCCAGACUCACCACCAUUACCACCACCGCCGCUUCCACCCUCACCACCACCCCCACCGCCACCAACAGUACCGCCGCCUCCGUCGUCUCCACCACCGCCAUCGUCCUUGGAGCAACAGCAACUGCAACAACCACCGCAAGGCCCCCAACCGCCGAUCCAACAACCCCAACUACCCCAACCACCCCAACCGGCCCCAGCACCCCCAGACGCACCCCCACCCACGUCAUCCCCCCCGCCCACCUCGUCCCAACAACCCGCCCCAGCACCCAUUGAUAACAACGUGCCGUCGGCGACGCCCGUCACCGCGGGCUCGCCCCCACUCCCCCCGCAGCCGUGGCCUCCCUUCCCUCCGCGACCACCCAGGCCGCCCCGGCCCCCUCGCCCGCCCAGGCCGCCGCCUGGACCCCCCAACCCGCCGUCACCUAGCCCACCGCCGCCGUCACCACCCUCCCAGCCGUCACCUCCGUCACCUCAGACCUCGCCGCCGAGGCCGCCGCCGUCGUCGCCAGUGCCCCCAACGCCACCUCCGCUCCCGCCGCCGUCACCUCCGCCGCCUCCGCCACCACUGGUACCGUCACCGCCGUCGCCGUCGCCUCCGCCACCCUCGCCACCUGCGCCCCCUACGCCACCUUCACCGCAGCCCUUUCCGCCACAGCCUCCGUCGCCUCCGUCGCCAAAACCCUCAAUACCACGGCCGCCGUCGCCACCGUCACCUCCACCAUCACCACCCUCGCCUCCGUCACCACCGCCGUCGCCGCCCUCGCCUCCGUCACCUCCGUUUCCGAAACCCUUCCCGCCCCGGCCGCCGUCGCCGCGGUUACCUCCACGGCCCCCAUCACCUCCGUCACCACGGCCAGCGCCGCUGUCGCCACCGCCGUCGCCGUCACCGGCAUUCCGGCCACCGCCAGUUGUGAACAACCCCACCGCCGAGCCUCCCCUUACUCCUCCUCUGCCACCAUCACCACCACCUCCACCACCAUCAGGCCUCCAACCACCACCGCUGCAACCCCAGCAACCAUCACCGCCCAGCCCCGCACACCCCACCGUCCAUCCCUCACCGCCAACGCCACCACCACCACCUCCCUCACCAGUUCUAGCCCCACCUCCUCCACCUCCUCCACCUCCACCUCCACCCUCACUGCCUCCUCAUGCGGAUGCCCUUUGGCAGCGCUAUCCUCCCUUCCCGCCCCCCCGACCCCCCGUCCUGCUAGCUAGCACCCAUAAGUCCGACGGAACAUUGAUAGGCCUGCUGGUUCCUUUGAGCCUGGGCCUCGCCACAGUCGCGUUUGUCGCGUGGCGGGCGGUAGUGCUGCGAAGGAGGGCGAAGAUGACGGGCGACACAGCAACCGGAGCUGCAGGUAGCAUCGGCGGCAGUAGCAGCAGCAGUGGCAGCAGGCUGAGGAGGCUGCUGGCAGUAGCAGCAGCAGCGGGAGCAGGAGGUGCAAGGCGCAGGUAUGAGGAGGUAGAUGAGGAAGAAGAGGACGUAGAGGUUGCCGCUGCUGCUGCUGCUGCUGGUGGUGGUGCUAGGAAGUACGGAGGCAGUGACCGGGGUGGUCAGACCGGCAGGGUGGGUCGUGUUGGGGCUAAGAGUGCCGUCGCUGUCUUGCCUGGCAUGCGCGGAAGCAGCGGCGCCGGUUACGGCGGUGGUGGUGUCGGCGAGGGUAGCAUUAGAAGCAAAAAGAAGAAGCGGCGGCAGCAGCAGUACAUGCGGCACGGCGAUGAUGAUUAUGAAAACAACGAGGACGAUGAGUAUGCAACAGCAGCCACCGGGCGCGCCAACACUCGGCAAAGUACGACAGCAACCGGAACAACGGUAACUGCCGCCGGUGGGCGAGGCAGCACCGUUAACGGCAGCAGCAGUCGUAGUUACCGCCCCGAUCAUCAAACGCUACUGCCCAUUACAGCAUCCAUUCUGGAUCGGAGUAGCCGUUCUGGAGUCACUGCGGCCGCUAGCAGCAGCGGGAGUGGCAGUGGCGACAGCAGCAGCAACUACGGCGGGAGACACAGCAGGGGCAGAAGCCGUAAGAGCCGUGGGGGAUAAAGGCGGGUGAGUUGCGCUGCCGGCGGUUGGUGUUGCAGCUGACAACGGUGUGUUAAGAAGACUGGCCGCGUGCGGUGUGUUAAGAAAACUGGCCGCGAGUAGGAACGUAUUGAAUGUGUGGGGAUGAAUUACUGAACGAAUGACCGCUGCCUUAAAGAGGCAAGGGAAUUACGGUUAGCAGGCUUAGCGCAGGGGUGACGAACCCGGCCAUAGGCAAGGGGCCAUAGGUUAUUGAUUUACUUAGCUCUAACAGUGCAGAGAAAGGGCAAGUGUAUAUUACGUUUCGUUGGUACACGUCCAAAACCUUCAUGGCAAGCAAACUAGCAGCCGCAGCGGCAACCGUUGUUUUCAUAAUGCUUCGGUGGUUACGUACGAGGGUGGUAAUUUAUAAAUAGCUGAUGGCUUCCAUGCAGCAGAGGCAUGCUGUAGCAGGAUGGGAGAUGCCGCUUUCAUGCGGGUGUUCGGCAGCAGGAUGGGAUAUGUGUGUAUUGAUACUGGCCACGAGUACGUACAUGUAUUGCAGGGUGUGCGACUUGGGUAACGAUGGUUGGGAGGCAUGUUGGGAGGCAUGUUGGGAGGCAUGUUGCCCAUGCAGGCCUUGGGGAGUGGCUUGACCCCGCUCCUCAGCUUUGUCGGGGGCCCUCGACUCGGACAGUACCUCUCGUAUAGGUAAGUUGUAUUAAGGAUAAUAACAUGGAAACGAUGUUCGGUGUUGUCGAGCUAGCGACGAGGAAGCGAGAUACAGCGUUUCCCUCUGGCUUCGGAGCUAAGCGGGUACCCGCUUUGUCAGCCUGCAGUCAUCCGCCUGUUUUAUGCAAAUCGGGACAAGCUGUCCGUGUUGCUGUUAUUAACCCUUGCAAACAGAACCAUUGUUUGCAAAGGUGUCGCAUGCGUAAUUGACUCGGAACACAAAGCCGACGAGCAGGUUGUAAUUCUUGAUAAAAGUAAGACAACUAAACAAGGGUACCGUCUAUACUGCCUCCAUGCUGUCGUCUUUCGUUGCGGCGCGCCAAGCCGCGCUCGGGAGCGCUGUUUCGAGCUUGGCUUCUAGCGCAGCAUGGCGCAACCAGGCGUCUGGAAUCGGUCUAGAAGUGGCAUCUUGCGUCCGCGGGGAUGCGCUGUUUGGACAGGCUUCAUCCCAACAAUCACCGCCACCUUCGGCUGCAGCAAACGGUGCUCAGCACGCCGGGCUUGUGGUUGCAGCUGAAGUGGAUGCCUGCACCAGCUGUAACGGGACCGAACCCUGCCUGGGCAGUGCUUCAGCAGCCGGUUCUACCCCUGCUACGCUAAUGAGGCCGCAGCCUUGGGACCGCCUUAUGCCGUCGGCUACAACUACAUCAGCCGCCGGCGGCUUCCGCUGCCUCCACUCCUCAGCCGCAGCCAGCGGCGCCGCCGCUACCGCAGCCUCGGCGGCUCGUUCAGCCGCAGCGGCCGCGCAGGGGGCAGCAGCAGCUGCUGCAGGCGGGGGCAGGGGCCGAGCUGGUCGGCAGCAGCCGCUGUCUCCGCACGCCAGCGAAUUCCAGCGGCGGUUCUUUCAGCUGAUCAACAGCGGUGCCGAUGCUGCUACCGCUACCGGCGCCUCCGCCGCUGACACGUACACGACAAGCUCCCAGGCCGUACGGAUGCUGCUAGCGUGGCUUGAGGAGGGCCGUACGGCAUUUGCGGAGGAGCAGCAACAACAGCUGGCAGCUGCAAUCGAGGGCGGCACUGCUGCUGCUGCUGCUGCUGCUGCGGGUGCAAACGGUGUGGCAGCUCCGUACCGGCUGGAGCAGCAAGUCAUUGACCGGGCGAUGGAGGUGCUCUGGCGCCUCUACUACCGGGAGGACUUGCUGGUGAAGCGCGGCGGCGGCCAUGAGGGUGGCAGCAGCGGCGUGGAGGGACCCAUGGGUCUGCGGGAGCUCAUGACGGCGGCGGAGGGACUAGCGGCGGCGGCACCCGCCAUGGGCCUUACGUUCAAGCGGCAGCACUAUGACCUGUUGCUGGAGUUGUACAACAAGCAGUCGUAUGUGGAUCCUGGUCUGGGUCGCGGCCUGGCGCAGCGGCUGCUUGCUGUACGGCAGCAAAUGGUGCAGCAGAUGCUGCCGGUGUCCCAGGUGUCCCUCAACCACAUCCUCUUUGCCGUACGACGCGAUCCCGAGAUGACGUCAGCAGCCAAGAUCUCAACCGCACUCAAGCUCAUUGAGCGGGACCUGCCGGUGGUGGCAGCUGGUGGCGGCUCCAGCCCCGCCCCCUCGGACACGCUGCUGCGGAUGCUGCAGACGUCGCUGCAUGCACUCAUGAGGGACGCAGCCAAGGAGGGCGACUGGCCCGCCUACCACAAGUUCGAGGCCGUACUGAUCUCCCGCACACGUCAGCUGCCGCCGUACGACGUGCUGCUGGAGGCACUCACCCGGGCUGCGGCGGGGGGGAAGCGGGGGCUGGCGGCGGGGCUGAUGGCGCAGAUGGAGCAAACGGACGCUUUCCGACAACAGCAGCUUCAGCAGCAGUUGCUGCAGCUGGCACCACCAGCCACCAUAACCGCCGCUGCUUCUGCCGAAAAGCCAUCGCCAGAGCGGCGGGAGUUGGAACAGACCCGUAAGCAGGUGGCGUGGUUGAGGGAUGAGGUACGGAUGCAGGGGCGUCAGGAGGCGGAUUCGCUCAAGAUCCUCAUGCGGUUGGCGGUUGCAGAAAAGGACGAGCAACUGGCAAACAAGGUGUACGACCGCAUUCGUGACGUACUCUGGCGCCAUCUGGAUGCCACCGCCCGCUUCAUCGCGUUCAGCGACGCCAUGAGUUUAGGCUCCUCACCUUCCGCCGCCUCCUCUUCCUCCGCCACCCCCGCCACCGCCUCUUCCAGCUCUGCCGAGGGCGCCGCUGACCCCGCCCUCGGCGAAUCCGCAGCUUCGUCCUCCUCCUCAUCCGCAGCGGCCGCGACGGCUUCCGGAGAGGAGGAGGCGGAGGCGGAGGAGGGCGGUGCUCCGAUUGGGGCGGUGGACCCCUCGCUGGGUCUGGCGGCGGUGGCGGCGGCUCGUCCGGCCCCCGCCGAUGCGACCCUGGCGCUGCUGCCGCUGUCGCUGGCUCGCCGCGACUGGCGGCGGGUGGUGGAGCUGGUGGUGGGGCUCGCGGAGCUGCAGGCCCUCUACCGGCGCCAGGCCAGCCCCAGCGACCUCACCUGGCUGGUGGGGGGCGACUCCAGCGCCAUGGAGCGGAGCAGCUCGGCGUACGGGGGGCUGGGCCCGCUGUCUGAGGUGCUGAUGGGCAGCGAUGCGGACACGGUGGGCUAUUACUCGGAGCUGCUGCGCUGCAUUGCCGCCGCCGCCGCCCCCGGCACCGCCGCCGCCCCCUUUGGCGGCUCCGCACUGCCCUUCGGCCCCGCGCUGAGGGCGGCAGCGGCCCGCCGGGAUCUGUCCUCGGUGGCGGAGAUCGUACGACAGAUGCGCGGACUGGGCUGCAGACCGGAUGCGGACUCGUACGCGGCGGUGAUUGACGCGAGUUUGAGGGCGGGGAAGCCGGAGCGUGUUGCGGGCCUGCUGGAGCUGAUGGCGGAGGAGCGGAUGUACCCCAAUGCGGCAGUGUGGGAGGUGCAGCUGGCGGCGGCUGCCGAAGCGGGCGACAGCGCCGGCCUCACCUCGGUGGCCCAGGCGGCACUGGCGGAGGCGGACAAGGGGCGGGUCAGCAAGCGGGGGGUGGCGGCAAUCAGGGCAGAGGUCCUCGCCGCCGCCAGCGCUGCUGCCGAGUCGCGGGGUGACUCCCGCGCCGCCGCCGCGCUCUCCCUCCUCCGCAGCCGGAGCCGGGAGCUGGCGGAUGUGGAGGCGCGGGAGCAGCAGCAGCGGCAGCAGCGGAGGUACAUGCAGCAGCAGCAGCGGCAGGGAGG